ACUUGGCUGCGAGCGACUCAUCCGAGUUUAUCUCUAACCACGUACAACGUCAACAUCAACCAUGUCUGCAGUCACGAUCUCAAACAUCUCCUCAAACACCACCCAGGAGAAGCUCCAUGAAUUCUUCAGUUUCUGCGGCAGCAUCCAGUCAAUUGAUCUCAAAUCCGAGGGGGAUUCGAAACAAUCCGCAGUCGUUACCUUUGAGAAACCUUCGUCUGUCGGCACAGCGCUCAUGCUCAAAGGCGGUACUCUAGAUGGUGAACAACUCCACAUCACCUCAGACGUGAAAAACCACAAUCAUCAGGAGGGAUCGCACCACUCUAGCGCCCCUUUCGAACAAUCGGACAAGCCUAGAGCUGGAAUUGCCGCUGAGUAUCUGGCAAAAGGCUACAAGCUCUCCGACCACAUCUUGCAGCGAGCCAUCGAAGUUGACCACAAGCAUGGGAUCUCCAAACGGUUCAUAGACUAUAUGCACGGCCUCGACAAAUCAGUUGGCCAGAAAGCUCUCGGUCCUGACCAAACGGUAUCCGGGAAAGUGCAUUCGACGCUCAAGGGUGCGCAUACCAGGGCAAUGACCAUUGACGAACAGAAAGGUUAUUCCAAGGCUGCCCACGAGUACUACUCAAAGGCGAUCUCGUCUCCCUUUGGAAAGUCUGUCCUCGAGUUUUACACUACUACUUCCAAGCAAGUUCUCGACAUUCAUGAGGAAGCUCGUCGUAUGGUCGACCAACAGUCAGGUACGGCUUCCACUCCGGGCAAUACCGCAACCACUAGUAGUGGCGCGGCCGGACCUGAUGCACAAGCUGGUCCCACGUCCCAAGCCGCUCCCACUGUUGUUUGAAGGCUAUCAUGAUGGACGAUAAGGACAUUGGUGUCAAUAUUCUUCCUUCCGUAGGGUAGCAUAUUAUAUCACUACGUAUUUCCAACGACUGAAUUGUAAUGUUACUGUACCAUAUAUGAUCUGGCUGACUCCACUGUGUAGUAAACGGGAGUCUUGAUAGAUACGCCACACAAGGAAGAUCGGUAAUCCCCACACUCAUAGCCUACUCAAAC